AUGAAAUUACGUAUACCUCUCCUAUUACUAUUCCAGCUUGUCUUCAUUAUAGUUGCACAAGUUGCAACUGGGUUAGACCUAAAAAUCAACAAUCAAGAAAUCCCUGAACCAUUACACUAUGUUAAAUCCAAAUUCCGUGAAUAUAUUCCUAUACCUGAAUUACAAGACAAAUUAGAGAUUCCUAUAAUUAAUCCCAUGCAAAAGACCAUACGAGAAUCAUUUAUUCCAGAUAAACCACCUAAACCUAAGAGAUUUGGCAUCAGACUGUUUUUUAGAGGUGAGAAACAUGAAGAUAAAGUGACGAGUAUGAGUGUUAAUGGUGAUACCAAAGAUCCAAAAGCUGGUGUUGACAGUGACGAAGAAGAUGAACCGGAAGAUUCAUUAGACAAAGUAAAGAACAACAUUGAACCAAUCCAUUCACCAAAGUCAUGGGUCAAAGAAUUCCUUAUAUUUAAACAGAGCAAGAAAAUGUCCAUGAUGUCUGUGCAAGAAAAGAACUCCCUACGUACCAGGAUCAAAAACUAUGAUAGCACCGAAAGUAAUCCUUAUGAUUUAAAAAAGUGGGUUCAGUUGGUAUCUCUGGAUAAGUCCGACGAUGAACUGAAUGGUAUAACCAAAAAAUAUUCCAAUCAUAACAAUGGUAUUAAUAACAACAACAACGAGAUUGAAAUUGACAUUGAUGAGUUUAUUAAGUAUUUGGUUAAUGAACAGGGAUUCAAUCCAGCAGAUUUGCAAUUCUUAAAAACCAAGAAUCUAGAUUAUGGAUUAGGAGAGAUUGAAAAAGAGUUGAAUAAAGUUAAGGACCAGAAAAGAAAUCCGAAAGUAAUUAAAAUCGGAGGAGAGGAAGAAAGUUUGGGAAAUAAGAUCAAAGUACAUUCAUAUUUUGUCAUUUUUCUUGUGGUUAUGAUAUUCGGUUAAACUUUAUAUAUUUAAUAAACAUCUCUUGUGUUUUUUUUUUUUUACUCAUCAAGCUUUUCAAGUACUUCAAUGUUUGUAGAUCCCAAUCUCCACAUGAUCAUCAUCAAAGCAGUUCGAUGCGGGGCAAAUUUCCGAGAAGCAAACUCCACAUAGGCAUCAUGAACUGGAUUCCAGUUACGUUUAGAAUCAUUCUUUGCAAAUUUUGCUUUUCUUUUCAACCACACUUGUAUUGCUUCAUCAUCAGCACAUGCCUGCUUAAUCUCUUUCAUCAAAUCUGGUCUUCUUGUUAAGUAUUUUGCCAUCCCUCUAGCAAUACCUAAAUCAUCCUCAGCGAAAACAUCCAUUUCUCCCAAUGUAAAUAUGGAAAACAUUUUAGCACUCCAUACUCCAAUCCCCUUUAAUUUUACCAACUCAUCAACAAUCUCCUCCAAUGAGCUGUUUUCGUAAAAUUCAAGGUGGGUUAAUUUGCAGUUAGGAUCAGCGAAUGCUUGACUUAUACUUUCGACAUAUUUAGCCUUCAUAUUUGACAAACCUGCUGAUCUCAACUGAUCAAAACUGAAUUUUAGAGUUAUCUCGGGAGUGGGCUUCUCCCCAUUAAACAACGCCUUGAACCGGGCCUCAAUAGCACGUGCAGAGGCUCCACUAACUUGUUGAGAAAUCACCGACGCGAUCAACGAAUACCAAUAAUGGCAAAUCACGUCUUUUGGCUUAUCCGAUUCAGUCUUGGAAAACCUAGGGAAGUUGGCAUGAACAAUGGCAGGAUAAAGUGAGCGAUCUACCUGAAGUAUGUGUUCUAUUCCGGAGAUGAACUCAGGUGUAUGAUACGCGACAUAUUCCUCAGGAAGGGCCAAAUCAUCAGGAAUUGAAACAUCCUGGAGAAGAUCUUCUAAAUCAGAUCUUGUCUUAGUAAGUGCUGGCUUCUUUUUGAUAACAGUUUUCUUUUUGACAACAGUCUUCUUGACAAUUACAUUCUUGACCGUAUUGGUGGUUAGAAUUUUAUUAACAGACCCUGGGGUCGUGGACUUAGCUCGGGUAACAGCAACCAUUGUAUAACUUAAACGUGAACAAAAUCUUCUCAAAGGAAUCACUAUGAAAUAAAUUAAUCAAACCUAAUGAUGCUAUUGCAAUAAAAAGAGACGUGUUUUUGUAAUUAGAGCAAAGUCAUAA